AUUCACUGCUACAAGAGAGAAAAUAUCGGAAAGUUUGAAAUAAGAAAUGGAAUUGAAUGAAAUUGAGGAGAAGAAAAAUGUUGAUGUUAUCCAAGAAGAAAAUUUCCCGUCCCCCACUGUAGAGGAUACAUGUACUGUAUAUGUACAUAGGGGCGAUAUCAAAAUGGAAAAUACAGAAAUUAAAGGUGAAGUUUUAUUUCAUGAAGAUGAACCUCUACACGCUGUAAAUAAGGAGGCGAAGAAGACCAAACCCGAAGGAGUUAAUCACCAAUGUGGUCAAUGUGAAUUUUCUUCAGCAACGGCCAGAUAUCUGAAGGUUCAUAUUGAAAGUAAACAUGAAGAAAUUAAUUAUCCAUGUAGCCAAUGUGAAUAUGUCGGAACGGCUUCACAAAAUCUUACGGUACAUAUAAGGAUAAGACACAAAGGAGUGAUAUACCCUUGUGAGCAGUGUGACUACUCUGCUACAACAGCAGGACACCUAAAGAGACAUGUCAAAAGUAAACAUGAAGGAGUAAGAUAUCCAUGCAGUCAAUGCGAAAAUACCUUCUGUGAUCGAAGUAGUCUCAAAACACAUAUUGAAGGUAAACAUGCUAAAGUUAGGCAUCUUUGUCAUCUAUGUGAAUACGUGGGGUCUACAGCAGGAAGUCUACAUGUGCAUAUUAAGACCAAGCAUGAAGGAGUGAGAUAUCCUUGUAGUGAAUGUGAAUACAGUGCUACAACGGUAAGUGACCUAAAGAGUCAUGUUGACCGUAAGCAUGGAAGUGUGAUAUAUUCAUGCGAUGAAUGCAAAUACACUGCAUCAACUGAAAGGGAUCUAAAAAGGCACAUUGAAUAUAAACAUCAAGGUGUUAAUCAUCAAUGUAGUCAAUGUGAAUAUACUGCGGCAACAGCAGGGAAUCUCAAAAUGCAUAUCGAAAGUAAGCAUGAUAAAGUGAGAUACACAUGUACACAAUGUGAAUAUGCUUCUACAACAGCAGGACAUCUAAAAUUACACAUAAAAACAAAACAUGAAGGAUUACGAUAUCCAUGUGAUCAAUGUGAGUAUUCUGCAACAAGACCAACUCAUCUCAAGUUGCAUUUCAAGAGUGUCCAUGAGGGAGUGAGAUAUUCGUGUAAUCAAUGUGAAUACGCUGCAACAACUGUGAGCCAUUUAAAGAGACACAUUAAGAGUAAACAUACAUAACAUUUUUGUUGUAGUUGAUGUUUGUCAAGGAAUCUUAUUUCGACUUAGUAAGGAAUGUUUUAUUUUAAUGUGUUUAAAACAUAAUCUAGAUAAAAGCUUUAGAAUAUAACAUUGAUUUAUUAAAGGAUAUAAAAAACAUAAAUUUUGUUCCAGAGAUAAUGGCAGAGAAUAUGGAGGGAGAAAAAAUACCAGGAUACAAAGAGGAUACAUGUAUUGUGUAUAUAAAGGAAGAAGAUGUGAAAGAGGAAACUACUGAAAUUCAAG